AUGUAUGAUGUGCUCCACACCAAGGCAGCAGUGGCUUAUUCUGAACUAGGCCUUCUGCUCCGCUCCACAAGCUUCUUCUCCACAAUUUUUACUUUAGUGGCCUUCUGCUUCUUCAAUGAUAAGCACGAGUUCUCAAACAUUGACAUCGGCAUAACUUACACGUUACUGUUUGGAGCUAUUGUUCUUGAGAUUUAUAUAUGCUCUCAUUAUGCUGAUUUUGUCCCACUGGACCAUUUUCUGGUUGAGCAAGACAAAACCAAGUUUGAUCGGGUUCCCAAGUUCAUCGACUUGAACAAAUUCUUGGACAAGUACUGGUACAUGACUUGGGAGAAAGUGGAUGAUAUGAAGGAAUCCAUCUUCUGGUGGCUUCUAGAGAUGAUAAACGAAGGUGGAAAUCUCAAGCAGCUACUCAAACACAGAGCGCAUGGCUGGGGACCACAGGGUCACAAAGUCACCAUUCUCACUGCCGUCGGCCACCAUCUCCGGCCAUCCACCUUCUCACCAGUACACCACUCCCACCUUCAUGAGCGGAACACCGUGAACAGCUCCAACCAAGCCGCCACCGUCAUACUAGGUUUGAUCUUUUUACAGAGAACAGGCGCGAGAGCAAUGCAGAUAUUCCCAGAAAGUGUGCAGAAACUUUGGAAUGAAUGGGAGCUACGCUUGAUGGUUCUACUAAGCCUUUUCCUACAAAUCGUCCUAAUCAUCUUUAGCAACCGACGAAAGUACACAGUCACACCUUGGAUCAGAAUCCUGAUUUGGUCGGCCUACUUGUCCGCAGACUGGGUGGCGACAGUAUCCCUUGGUACCCUCUCAAACAGCCAAGGAGAUUCGGAAGGGAAACUUCUGGAUCCAAACUAUACCCUCAUGGCGUUUUGGGCGCCAUUCCUUCUCUUGCACCUUGGUGGUCCGGACACUAUCACGGCUUACUCCUUAGAAGAUAAUGAGUUGUGGUUAAGGCACUUGCUAGGACUAGUUGUCCAAGUUGGAGUGGCUUUCUACGUGUUUCUGAGGUCAUGGGCUGGAACUCCACUCACAUUUCUAUCCAUCCCAAUGUUUGUGGCUGGAAUUAUCAAGUAUGGAGAGAGGACUUGCGUUCUGAGGUCUGCAAGCAAGAAUCACUUUAGAGAUUCUUUGCUUCCAGUUCCUGAUCCUGGACCUGAUUAUGCUAAUUUGGUGAUGUUUUAUGGUUUAUGGAAAGGGACAAUGGUGGAGAGUACAAUGCCACUUCAAUCUACCGCUGGUGAUGACAUUACUAUACCGGGUGGAAAAUAUAUUGAUAAAGCUUACUUCUUAUUCGAGAACCAAUUCAAGCAUCUAUAUGCAGACCUCAUCCUCAGCUUGGAUAACCAAAAAACCAGUGAGCGCUUCAUCAAGGAAUUGUCAUUCGAAGAUGCCUUCAAAGUGGUAGAGAUGGAGCUUAGUUUCUUGUAUGAUGUGCUCUACACCAAGGGAACAGUGGUUUAUUCUCUACUAGGCAUUUUUCUCCGCACUACCAGCUUCUUGUCCACUAUUUCCACCUUAGCGGCCUUCUACUUCUUUAUCCAUAAGCACCAGUUCUCAAACAUUGACAUCAACAUUACUUACACGUUACUUUUUGGAGCAAUUUUUCUGGAGAUUUACGCUAUCAUUAUGCUGAUUUUGUCUGACUGGACCAUUGUCUGGUUGAGCAGUAAGAAGUGCUCCCUGACUGGUUCCAUUUGCCGAGCCAUUACCUCUUUUCGAUCGGUUCUAACGAGUGACAAGAGAUGGUCUAGACGCAUGGCACAGAACAACUUAAUCGAUUCUUGCCGCAGAGACGAAACCAAGUUUGAUGAGGUUCCUAGGUUCUUUGACAUGAACAAAUUCUUGGAGAGGUACUGGUACGUGACUUGGGAGAAGGUGGAUGACAUGAAGGAACCCAUCUUCUGCUGCCUCGUAGAGAUGACAAACGAUGCCGGGGAUCGCAGGCAGCUACUCAAACACAGAGGUGAUUAUGUGACUAGAAAAAAAGGGUUUUUUGAAACGCUUCGUUGGAGUAUAAUUGAUGUGGAAUUUGAUCACAGCAUCCUCCUCUGGCAUAUCGCUACAGAUCUCUGUUAUCCUUGUGAUGUCGACAAAUCCCAAGAUACCAAUCUCAAGUCAUGGUGCAAACUAAGCAAAUGCUUGUCUGAGUACAUGUUGUAUCUGUUAGUUAUGUGUCCAUUUAUGCUGCCAAAAGGGAUAGGGGAGUUUAGGUUCCGAGACACUUGUUCAGAGGCUAAAAGAUUCUUCCAGCAAAGAAGGGAGUCCAUAUCUAAUAGAAAUGAAGCUUGCAAAUUGGUGCUUGGAGUUGACACGGAACUUGAUCUCAAAGAAGUGAAAGGAGAUAAAAGCAAGUCGGUGUUAUUCGAGGCAUGUAGGCUUGCCAAAACGUUGAAAUCACUGGAAAUGGAGAUGGGAGAGAAAUGGAAGAUGGUGAGUAAGGUGUGGGUGGAGAUGUUGUGCUAUGCUGCCAGUCAUUGUGGAUGGAUUCAACACGGUCAGCAGCUCCGGCGAGGCGGGGAGCUACUCACUCAUGUCUGCCUUCUUAUGUCUCACCUCGGUUUAAGCGAGCAAUUCCAAAUACUGAUAGGUGAAAGCGACCUCAGUUCACGCUUGCCAAAUCCAGUAUGUGCCAUACUGUGACAAAUUCCAAAUACUGGUAGGUGAAACCCACCUCGGCCCGCGAACUUUGAUGCUACUUCUCGUUCACGAGGAAGCUUGUAAUUUGAACAUCUCAUUUCUUUCGUAACUACUCGAUGUGGGAUGGGAAUCAAGAAGGGUAAAGAAAUGCCAAAAUAAGAAUAUAGAAAGGAGGCCCAAUUCUAUGGCCCACACUUCCUCGGCCUUAUGUUCUUCAAGCACGGUAAACCCGAUCACUGAAUUGGAAAUUUAGGCUUUAUUUAUUUAUUUUAAAUGAAGAGUUUCUAAAAACA